AUGUCCUCUUCCGGUGCACCUUUAAUCGGCGGACUUACCAUCGAAGAGAAUCUUGAACUCUACCUCAUCGCAUUCAACGCCGCCGUGGCCGCAUUUCGCCCAUUCUCUGUUACUUCCUUUGGCACCAGCGAUCUUGGCGACGACUAUACAAAGGUGACAGUCGAUCUUUCGAGCCGCGGGCAGCUUCCCGAAGGAACGACAGAGGCGCAAGAGACCUCGUAUAAGAAGCUGAACCUGUGCGACACCUUCUACGACAUCCUUUUUGAAGAGGUCGAGGAAAGACUACAACCAUACCACGCCAGCGUCAAGUACGCCGUCGUUGACCCGAAGCCGACUCGUUCCCUCGUCACCCGCGAUGAGAAGCCUCUCGUGUUGCACUCGGUCUUUCAGAUCCGCAAGCAAGACGGCUCCGAAGUUAUUUUCGAUGGGACAGCAGAGCAAUUUGGGUGGCCAGUAUCGAACGCGAUCAUGAAGGGAGACGACUUUUGGCAUCAUUACACCAAUAGCGUUAGCUCUGUAGAUGGCUUUAGUACGUAUGGAAUGAGCCUGGAGAGGUCGAAGCGGAAUGAUAACGGAUAUUGGUACGAUGUUGGAAUCAGCUUGCGCCAGAUGCUGCGUAGCCUCGACUGGGCGAGCUUGGAGGGCAUGGCGACUAGUGAUCGAGAAGAUUACGUACGUGUGGAAGCGAUGCGAAGGGCCCAGGCUGCUGCCCAAGCUUGUUGGGGAUAG